UGUAGUAGAUGCCGUCGUCGUCGUCGUUGUAGUAGAUGCCGUCGUCGUCUUCGUCGUCGUAGAUGCCGUCGUCGUCGUCGUUGUAGUAGACGUCGUCGUUGUCGUUGUAGUAGACGUCGUCGUUGUCGUUGUAGUAGACGUCGUCGUUGUCGUUGUAGUAGACGUCGUCGUUGUCGUUGUAGUAGACGUCGUCGUUGUCGUUGUAGUAGACGUCGUCGUUGUCGUUGUGGUAGACGUCGUCGUUGUCGUUGUGGUAGACGUCGUCGUUGUCGUAGACGUCGUCGUUGUCGUAGACGUCGUCGUUGUCGUUGUCGUAGACAUCGUCGUUGUCGUUGUAGUAGACGUCGUCGUUGUCGUUGUAGUAGACGUCGUCGUUGUCGUUGUAGUAGACGUCGUCGUAGUCGUUGUAGUAGACGUCGUCGUAGUCGUUGUAGUAGACGUCGUCGUAGUAGGUGUAGUAGACGUCGUCGUAGUAGGUGUUGUAGACGUCGUCGUAGUAGGUGUUGUAGACGUCGUCGUAGUAGGUGUUGUUGUGGAUGUAGAUGUCGUAGUAGGUGUUGUCGUGGAUGUAGAUGUCGCCGUAGUUGUCGUGGAUGUAGAUGUCGCCGUAGUUGUCGUGGAUGUAGAUGUCGUAGACGUCGAUGGACUAGUAAACGUGGAUGUCGUCGCCGUUUGCGUGGUCCACGCUGGCGGUUCCGGGGAU